GAAGCAUCGAUAUAUCGAUAGUUUCCAAAUUUGAUUUGGUCACUCUAGUCAAAUCAUAUGGAAUCAUGGGCACGGCAGAAUUGAAAAUAAUAUUGGAAUUUAGCGCAGGGGCAGAACUUCUUUUUGGGAACAUCAAGCGACGCCAGUUGGCCCUGGAUGGCACAAAAAAAUGGAAUAUUGCUAAUCUGCUAAAGUGGAUGCAUGCCAACAUAUUGACAGAGCGACCGGAACUCUUUCUUCAAGGAGAUACAGUACGACCCGGCAUUUUGGUUCUGAUCAAUGAUACUGAUUGGGAGCUCUUGGGUGAAUUGGAUUACGAACUGCAACCCAACGACAACGUUCUGUUCAUAUCAACACUUCAUGGCGGUUAGAAGACGUCGGUCCGACUAGUUCUAAGUGAAUAGUUCUAAGUAAAAUGCUUAUUUUUGUAAAAACUAUUGAAUGAAAAAAGAAAAAAAUCUAAAA